CCCCCACUGCACCCCGCGCCACCGCAGCCUGAAAACAACCCAACAUAACACACUGACAUGGUGGCUGGUCUGCACAGCGAGGGGCUGAUUCAGUUAAAUGUCAGAUCAGAGAGAAAAAAUCCAAAAUGGACAGAGAAUCGAAUCUGAACCGAACUGAGACGUUCUCCUUCGUCAACCCAUGGAUCAGAUAUUUCCUCUUCUUCUUCAGCUUCUUGUUUUGGGUUUUCUCGUUGCUGAUUGUUGGAAUCGGGGUUUAUGCCAAAGUCCAGAAAGCUACAGACACGGUGCGGGACACGUUCCUCAUCGACCCAGCUGUCAUCCUAAUUGUGGUGGGGGUGGUGAUGUUCUUCAUCACUUUCUGCGGCUGCAUCGGCGCCCUCAGAGAGAACAUUCGCCUCCUCAAGACGUUUUCCUUCACGCUGACGCUGGUCUUCCUCAUCCAGCUGGUUAUAGCAGUUCUGGGCUUCUUCCACUCUGGUCAGACCCGAGAUGCUCUGGGGAAGUUUGUGAAGAAAGCGAUCGUUCACUACAGGGAUGACCUGGAUCUGCAGAAUCUGAUGGAUUACAUCCAGAAAGAGUUUAAGUGCUGUGGAUGGAACAACUACACCGACUGGUCCUGGAACCUUUACUUCAACUGCUCUGAGGAAAACCCCAGCUCAGAGCGCUGCGCCGUGCCGUACUCCUGCUGCUCUCCGGUUCCUGGAGAGAUGGUGAUCAACACCAUGUGUGGUUUUGGCAUUCAGACGCAGAAGUCCCAGGAAGUAGACAAGUCCAUCUACUCUAUGGGCUGUGCAGACAGCGCGGUGAUGUGGAUGGAGUCUCACCUGCUGCUGGUGGGAGCGCUCACCCUGGGCAUGGCCUUACCUCAGAUUGCCGGCAUUGUGCUGUCCCAGAUCCUGAUCACUCAGAUCCAAAAUGAGAUUGCUUUGCCGUUUUGAGGGCAGAAGGAAGAAGUUCUGGUGCUGAACUGGUCCAAUGAGAGUCAACACAUCUAGAUUACAUAUCCUUUGGCAAAACUGUUUUCAUGCUGUGACACACAUGCAUAGUGCAAAGUAUUUAUUGGUUCUCUCUUUAACUUUUUCAAUACACAUUUCUAUUAGUAAACAUUUGCAAAUAAAUGUGCAAAAUGCUUUGAAUUGUAUAAUAUAACAGAUUUUUCCAA